UCAAAACCUUCAAAACACUCAUCAGCAGUUUUCCGGAAUAAACGAAUCCCCCGGCAGCUCAGAACUCAUCACAAGUCAAACCCGAACAAAUGGAUUCCGACGAAUCAGAACUCUGCUUGGAAUCGUUCGCACCGUCACCGCAGCCAGAUGAUAUCGAACCGAAACCAGCUUCACCAUCCCCGGAUCCACUGGACAUCAAGGAAGAACCGAUAGAGUUCGAACCCAGCCCCCAGUUCCAAGUGGCCGCCCCCGAUCCGCUGCAGAUCCAGGGCUGUCUGUUCUGCUUCCGCGAACUGGCCAACGGACUCGGCGCCGAAGAUCCGUCGCUGCCCAAAAAGAUCGAGUUCGUGCUGGUGGCCAAGUUCAACUUCCGAAAGGCGCCCUACAAGGUCCCGUGCUGCACCAGCUGCGUGAAGAUGUUCAACCUGUUCUACACGUUCAAGCAAAGCUGCCUGACGGCACUGGUCCGGCAGGAUGAGCAGCAAAAGGCGAAGGUUUUGGAACCGAUCGAGCUGGAAGCGGCAAAAAAGAAACCUGCUGCCGUGCGGGAAAAGGAACCGGAAGCGCUCGCUGAACUUCAACAGUUGCUGCCGGAAGUGACGCUCGUGAAGGUAGCGAAGCCGACGGUGCAACCCAAGAAGCCAGCGGAGGCCGUUUUCAAUUGUUCGAUAUGUCCAGCGAACUUCAUCAACAAAAACGAAUAUGGCUAUCACAUGAACGAGCACAAAGACAUAAAUCCCUUCAAAUGUGGGAUCACCCCUUGCCAGCAAGCGUUUCCCAGUCCAAAGGCGUGCACUCAGCAUGAAGCCAUGUGCGCAUCAACGCCCAAAACUUGCAAAAUCUGUUCGUUGGAGUUUCCGACGGCAGCGGAACUUGAAGCUCACAAUACUGCCCACAUUCCUUCGGUUUGCCCGCGAUGUAACGGGAUGUUUGCGCUAGCUAAGGACUGCCAGAACCACAUGACGGUUUGUCAGGGCGUAGAAAACGAUCCUCAGUCAGGCACCAUCAGCCAACAAUCCAAGAAACCGCGCUCCGAGAAUAACCCCGAAGGGUCCGAAUCCUCCGACCAGGAGGGGGAUUCCACCGGUGCGCGUUCCUGCCGCAACUGCGGUCACAAAUUCCCACUGGCCGGCGAUAUUUUGUUCCACCACCAACGCAAGUGUGGAGCGCUGCGGAAGCGCGUCAAGUGCCCACGCUGCGAUAAGCAUUUUACCCGGAAAGGAACGCUGGAGGCGCACCUCCGGCGACACGACGGCAUACGUCCCUUCCAGUGUGGCAAGCCCGGCUGUGCGAAAACCUUCUUCAGCCAGGGGGCGUGCGCUAGCCACGAGGAAGGCUGCGGAACGCUGGGAUUCGUUUGUGACGUGUGCGGAGCUACACUUUCGACGCAAGGUUCGCUCAAGCUGCACCGGGACAAGCACGAGGAACCCAAGAUGCAGUGCAAUCAGUGCGAGAAGCGGUUCCAUGACAAGCGGAGCCUCCUGAAGCACAUGUCGGUGCACUCGGACGAGCGCAAGUACGAGUGCAAAGUGUGCGGCAAGCGGUUCAAAUCGGGCGAAGCUAACCGCGUCCAUCAACGGAUUCAUACCCAGGAGAAGCCGUACGCAUGUCCGGAGUGUGACCAGCGGUUCACGUACAACUGCUCGCUGAAGGCGCACCUGGAGAAGAAGGCGUGCCUGGUGCGAUGAGCUUUUUGAGGGUAUGGAAAUAAGCGUUUGGAAGUGUUAAAAGCGCAUUCUCUACUUCGAGCAGUUAAAAAAAGUUUAUUGUCUCACUCAUAA